CUCAGCUCGGCAUGUGCACGGCUUCAUCUCCGCUCCAACAGACGCUGCAACCUGCAACUACCCGAACCAGCGCCGUAGACCCAGAAAGAGAGGAACUGUUUUACUUAUGACCGGGAUAAAUAUAGUUAAACCUCUUCUUUUUGUUUUCAGUAGCAGUAGGAGAUCUUAGAAAGAAGUGGCUGCGUGUGUGAGUGUGUUCAGUGCGUAACCGUGAGCAUGCGGGGAUGAAGAAGUGCUGCCACUGAGUUUUGUUAUUAGGUUUCUCCGGGGCGGUGCUGCUGCUGAAGAUCAUCCUGCUGCUGCCAUGGGUCUCUGGGAGUGACAUCGAAGUUUUCCUGGGAUGAUUUUACGCGCUUGAAAUAUUCCAGCUGAGGCUCGAACUCUGUUCCCCGUCAGAUAUACAUGUUUUCAGUCAAAUCUGCGCGUUUCAAGGACCGGAUGAGGUCUGAUUUUCAUUUAUAAUUUGAGUGGAAAAGUCAAGAAGGCUGCUGACUCAAGGAGAGGGUGGAGAUGAACUUGGGAAAUUUACUACUUGUGUCGGUCUCAUUCAUCACCAUCACAUCAGGCUCCAGGGCUCGGUUUGAAGACAGCGCACCUCGGAUUGUGGAAGACCCCUCGGAUUUGAUCGUCUCCAAGGGGGAGCCUGCCACCCUCAACUGCAAGGCAGAGGGCAGACCCCCUCCCAGUAUAGAGUGGUACAAGGAUGGCGAGCGUGUAGAGACGGACAAGGAUGACCCUCGUUCUCAUCGCAUGCUCUUGCCCAGCGGCUCCCUCUUCUUCCUACGCAUCGUACACGGACGGAGGAGCAAACCAGAUGAAGGCGUGUACACCUGUGUGGCCCGCAACUACCUGGGAGAGGCCAUCAGUCGAAACGCUUCGCUUGAUGUCGCCAUCCUGAGAGAUGAUUUCCGGCAGGCCCCGAGCGAUGUGGUGGUGGCAGCGGGUGAGAUUGCAGUGCUGGAGUGUGUGCCUCCGCGUGGUCACCCUGAACCCUCCGUGUCCUGGAAGCGCAACAACGUCCGAGUCAGCAACAAGGAUGAACGCAUCUCUAUGCGUGGGGGCAAACUGAUGAUCUCUAACACCAGGAAGAGCGAUGCUGGCAUGUAUGUUUGCGUGGGCACAAAUAUGGUUGGAGAGAGGGACAGCGAUCCUGCAGAGCUGGUGGUUUAUGAGCGUCCUGUGCUGGUACGGAGGCCAGUGAACCAGGUGGUCAUGGAGGAAGACACCGUUGAUUUCCUAUGUGAGGUCCAUGGAGACCCCGCCCCCACCGUGCGAUGGCGCCGGGAGGAGGGGGAGCUUCCCCGUGGGAGGUUUGAAAUCCGCAACGGCAAUAGCUUGCGUUUGUUCCGCGUGAAGGAACAGGAUGAAGGGACGUAUACCUGCACAUCUGAGAACAGUGUGGGCAAGACAGAGGCCUCAGCCAUGUUGCAGGUCCAUGUUCCCCCUCAGAUUGCCUCAAAGCCCCGUGAUCAGAUCGCCUCCCAGGGGAGGAGCGUCACCUUCGAGUGCGGCACCACGGGAAAUCCUCCACCUGCCAUCUUCUGGCAGAAAGAGGGCAGCCAGAUGCUGUUGUUCCCCGGGCAGCCUCCAUCACAGUCUGGCCGUUAUUCCGUCUCCAUGAGCGGAGAGCUGACCAUCACAGACGUUCACCCCGAGGACUCGGGUUUCUACAUCUGCCAGGCCAUCAGCGUGGCAGGAAGUGUGCUGACCAAGGCGCUGCUGGAAGUGGAGGGAGGUCCUUCGGGUCGCGUCCCGCCGAUUAUACGCCAAGGCCCGGCCAAUCAGACGGUGUCCCACGGUGCGACUGUACAGCUGCACUGCCGAGUGAUUGGAGGGCCUGCAGUCAGGAUUUCAUGGGAGAAAGAAGAAGAGAGACUUCAGGGAAAUAAACCACGGGUGACCUUGAUGGAGAACGGGACUCUACAAAUCACGGACAUAAAGGACACGGACUCGGGGAUGUACACGUGCGUAGCGUCGAGCCCCAUGGGAGAGUCGAGUUGGAGUGGGAUGCUGACUGUCAGAGAGGACGGACUUUCAUCAGUUUCCAGAGUUUCAGAGUUCAUUCAGCUCCCGGGGCCUCCGCAGAAACCCAUAGUGACAGAGGUGACCAAAAACACCGUCACCCUCACCUGGCAGUCUAACCCACAUGAGGGCGGGGCUGCUGUCACCUCCUACAUCAUCGAAGCCUUCAGCCAAUCAGUGGGCAGCACCUGGCAGACGGUGGCCGACCACGUGAGACAGGAGAGGCACACGGUGAUCGGACUUUUCCCAAACACGGUUUAUCUCUUCAUCGUCCGAGCCGUUAACUCUUAUGGCCUCAGUGACCCCAGCCCCAUAUCAGAGCCUGUCAGAACGCAGGACGGCAGUCCUACAGAACAAGGAGUGGACCACAGACAGGUUCAGAGAGAGUUAGGAGAGGUGUCUGUCUACCUGCAGAAACCCGUCGCUCUGUCCCCCACCAGCGCCAGGAUUUCUUGGACUGUGGCUCGCCAGUCUCAGUACAUUCAAGGUUACCGUGUUUUUUACCGAACUAUUGGCAGCUCCUGGUUGGUCCAGGACGUAGAGGCCACGUCUGAUCUUAGCACCAUCUUAGUAGAUCUGCACAGCAACAAAGAGUAUGAGAUCAAGAUACGGCCAUACUUCAAUGAGUUACAGGGACAUGACAGCCUCAUGGUUCUGCUGCAUACUCCUGAGGAAGUGUUAAGUGCAGCUCCUCAGGCGGUGUCAGUGGUUCAACUCACCAACAGCACCAGUAUCAGCGUGUCCUGGGAGCCCCCGCCUCAUAACAUUCAGAGUGGGAUCAUCCGGGAGUACAAGGUUUGGUGUCUGGGCAGCAGCAUGGAACCAGAGCAUCAGAUAAACCGAACGGUGGACGGAGCAGUUCUGUCCAUCCUGCUGACAGGCCUGCUGCCUGACGUCCGCUACACCGUCACCGUGGCUGCUGUCACCAGCUUGGGCGUGGGUGCUCAGAGCCCGCCUGUCAGCCUGCUCCUCACUCCCCCGCUAGAGAAGACCUUUACACCUGUAAAGAAGGGUGGUAACCUCAGCAUAUCAGAGCAGAUCACGAGCGUCAUCCGUCAGCCGGCCUUCAUCGCAGGUCUGGGCGUGGCUGCGUGGUUGGGCCUGAUGGGCUUCAGCGGUUGGCUAUACUGUCGACACCGUAGGAGGAAGCAGCUGGGACACUACACGACGUCGUUUGCCUACACACCCGCAGUUGGCUUCGCCCACAGUGAGGGAUCUGGAAUCAUCAAUGGAGGGCCUGGAUUGUUGGGAUCAAACAUGGGAAACUACCCCUGGCUGGCCGACUCUUGGCCCACUCCAAACCUCUCUCAUAACGGCAAAGACUCUGUCAACUGCUGCUCGGGCAAACUUGACUCAGACAGAUACUACAACAGCAUCAUGAACUACCCCAACCAGACAGAGAAACGGAGCACAGCAUCCACAGACAGUCCCAUCUACAGCACCAUCAACACAGCUGCUGAGGAUGACCUGCUGGCAUACUACGACACCUACUCCAGCACCUCCUACAACCAGGGGCCAGACCCCUACAGCAGUAACCCAGUGCUGUCAAACGGUGGGCUUGUGGGUCUGGAGCAGGACCUGGACCAGUGGACCCUCCAGUCUGGUCAGUCUGGGGCAGAGUACGCAAAGCUGCAGUACACCAAAAAAAGCAACGACAAAUUGAUCAAACAGAAGUCCAAUGGGUCCAUGUCUAAGGCUCCUCUCACCUGGGUGGACGUGCUGUCCCUGCCUCUUCCAGCCAACAAAGACAAAGGUCACACAAAAACAGACAAAGAAGAAGAUCAACACAGCUCUGAUGAGGAAGAUGAUGACUGGUGUCCCCCACUGCCAGCCAGGACCUACCUGAUGGACACCUCCAGGGAAGAACUUUCCAGCCUGCCCUCCAAACCGGAUGAGUUGUCCCACACACUAACGCGGGUGUCGUCCCCACAGCGAGACACGCACAAACCCAGUGACAGUCCACGGCUGCAGCACUUUGACCUCCUGGCCCGUCACCAGGUCUCCCAGUCCAACCCAGAUCUGUUUACCAACAGCAAAAACCGGGACACAAGCGAGGUGUACCACACACGCCAGUGGGCAGAGGACUUGAAGGGGGAGAGCCUCGGCAAGGGACAAUCUUCGCCUCCCGCUGCCAACUUGAGCCCCACGGCACAGGCACACAGAUCCAGGAAUAAGAAGAGAGCACCCAAGGAUGGACAAGUCAGGCGAGAGCUACACAUCCAACCAGAACUCCCUCCUCCACCAGCCCCUCCCCCAGCAGAUGACUCCCUGAAGCUCCUGGCUGAUGUUUUGAGCCGCAACCGAACAACAGAUGGAGAGAAGAAAGAAGGAAGCGACUCGCCUACUCUUCAGAGAAGGGAAGAACAUUUCUCACCCCAAAGGAGAGGACAGACAAAGUGGUUAUCAGAGGAUGAGAAUGUAAUCCCAUAUGGACAGUCCAGCUUCCUGCCCAACGUCCAGAUGUCGGGCUAUGGGUCCCUGGGUGGAGGAGUCUUUUCACGGCCCUCUACCACCGGCCGAAGGAGAGAUGAGAACCUCAUGUAGAUGUUAGCAGACUACAUGACAUGGCAUCCUCCAUUUCCCACCAAGAUUCCUGUCUUCGAGGCCAUCAAUCUGUUGCCAUGGUAACUUUUGAAAAGCUAAAGUCUUAAGGGGAAAGCAUCAAGGCUGUCCAUCUGCCUUUUCACAAACUAUUUUUAUUUUCUUCUCAAUUAUUGAAUCUUUAUUUUUUGUGACCUUCUUCACUUUGUCCAUGUACAUAGACAUCUUUACAGUUUUUUAAAAACGUGAUCAGAUAUAUUAUUAAAAAAAAACAAUCUAGGGUUAUGAAAAAAUUCUGUAUUUUUACGGCAUUGGGAAGUAAAAUGUAAGUAUAAGAUAAAUGUACAGCAGAUAAAUGAAUGUAUCUUCUGUUUACUCCUGAUCAUGGAACCAUGAUGAUGUGUGUUUUAUGAAAGACUGGACACGACAUGAGGCAGAAAACGUGUUAAUAAGCCAUCCUGUGGUUGUGUGUGAGUGUGUGUCAGUGCAUGUGUGCAGUGUUGGUGUGUGCGUGUGUUACUGUUUUGCUCUCUCAUCUCUGUGUGGCUGUGUACCGUGGUUUUCCUGUAGAUCACCAGUGUGUUAGUU